UCAAUUUACAGAUUAUAUCUAUAGCAUUUAGAAGCCGUCGAUCAUCAUCAUCAUCAUCAUCAUCUUUCAUCAUCACCAUGGAGCAAACCCAUGAAUCCUCCUUUAAACAAGCUUAUCGCUGCUUUCCACUCUCUGAUAUCAAUAAGUCCCAUCUCGAAGCCGGAAAUAGAAUCAUAAUGCCUCCUUCCGCUCUUGACCGUCUGGCGUUCAUGGAAGUCGAGUACCCUUUGCUUUUUGAAAUUGAAAACCCUGCUUCUGGACAAGUGUCGCAUUGUGGGGUUCUAGAGUUCAACGCUGAGGAAGGUUUCAUCUUCUUGCCAAACUGGAUGAUGAAGAACAUUAAACUAGUAGAGGGUGAGUUGGUGAUUGUAAGGAAAACCAGCCCCCCCAAAGGUACCUACAUGAAGAUACAACCACAUACCAUGAAAUUCACAAGCCUAACCAACCCUAAAGCUGUGCUUGAAAAAGCUUUUAGGGACUUUGCUUGUAUGACCAUUGGAGAUACUACCCUGAUCACUCAUAACCAAGAGGAGCAUUACCUUGAUAUGGUGGAAACCACGCCAUCCAAUGCAAUAUCUGUAGUUGAGACAGAUUGUGAAGUGGAAUUUGCACAACCUUUGGACUAUAAGGAACCUGAAAAGAAAUAAAAAACAGAGAUUACUUGGAAG